UAUGUUUUACUGACAGCUUGUCGUUGGAAUGCAUAUCAUCACUGCAUCAUAUCAUUCGCUUUUCAGUGGAUUGGCACACUUACUAUUGUAGUUUCACUGGCUGGCUGACAAUAAUAAAUGGCCGUAUGGGUGUGUAUCAAACGAUGUCUUGCCAAAAACGACAGGAACUAGUUAACAUACAGGCAGAGAAAUGACGUCCUCAAAACGCACUAUGUUAACCAAAAAAUAAAUGGCAAUAGCACGAUAACAGACAAUUAAUUUAAAAAGACAACGCAUGCCUUUUGAGUGGCUAUAGCUUGUAAUUGUAGGAAAUGUAGUCUUUAUUGUAAAAAGGUGAACAUUGAACUGAUUCUUCUACGUGCUGAACGACUUAUCCCAAUGUGCCCUAACACGCCGUGAUCAAAGUAUGUGUUUUUAUUUAUUUAUGCUGAGCUAUAUUAUUUACGAGGAUCAACUCUGCGCCGGCUCACCUACGUGUUAUAGCUCGCGUGCUUCCACACCCUAUAAUAUAAUUUCUAUUUAUGAAUCGGAGUGGUUCUUCUCAGCUUUAAUCCUCGUGGUGCACACGGUAUAAAUUUGCUCCAAUGAGCGAAUGUCUUUUCAGAGGAAUGUCGAUUUUCCGGGCGAAUCUCUUCAUUUUCAGAGGGCGGGGGGAAAAUAAAGACGUUCAUUGGACCCGGAUUUGGGAAAGGUGGGUCCAAUUGUGCUUGGGGGCAUGGAUGGAUGCUAUUUCUUUAGAAGCCAGUGCACUCGUGCGCCGCCUGUCGCGAGGAUGUUGGCAUCUGCGGUGUGCUGAGCAGAAGCUCGCGCUGCAGUGCGGACAGUAGGAGGCGGGGGAAGCAGUUUGGAGGAGGGUUCUCGUCAUGCAAAAUAUGACCAAAUAUAUUGGGAACGCCAAACAUAUCUUGUAGACUGUAACGGUGUAAGCUAUUUAAAUUAAUUGUGGUUCAAUUACAGAAUUAAGCAAUUCAGUAGCUAUAGUCUAAGGAAACUUCAUGUCAGCCUUUUUAAAAUGUCAAAACAUGUAUGUACCAAGCUCGUGUGCUCGAAAAAACUCGAGUUUUUAUUUGUGACUGUUAUGUAGAAAGACAACGUGUUGUAACAAUAUAUUUUAUCUAAGCAGUAGGCUACUGUAACAAUGACGGAUGCAGCGACCUUAAAAUUAAGACAGAGAUGCGUUUUGAUGCCUCUGUGAUAAAAGCCUGCUGCUUGAUGUCUGUAAUGUGAAACAACCUGGAUUUAUGUUUAUGGUUUGUUUAGAUGACUAUAGGUAUGAACAAAUUAAUUUGCAAAUGUUUGCUUUUUUCGGGUAAAUUGACUGUCGAUGUAUUAAUAGAAUUUGCGCAGCAUCACGAGGAAUGUUUGCGUUAGGUGCCUUCACGAAGCGCAGUGAGAGCUACGGCACGCGGUGAUAAUGUAGCUUAGUUGAAGCAGCUCAACAGUAGGCUUGGUGUCUCGGCGACACUAAAGUUUAAAAAAUGUAUUCCAUUUUACGCGGAAAAUUGUGUAAACCAAAUGGCGGAAGGGGAUUCGUUAUCCUUUGAAUUCUUCUGGGAUCGAGACAUUCUUCGGCGCGAGCAAAGUGCCCCCUAAAAGUCCCAAAUGAAGGUUACGAAACGAAGACGGAAAGGAAUGCCGACUUCUCAUAGUCUCUGUGCCAGGAUGACAGAGGAGGGUUUUGGUGUCGACUAAAUUGGGGGAACCCUAGGAUUUUAUCAAAGACGUAAGGUUUUUGAAGAGAUUUUUUAAUAUGAUAAAUGGCAGCUUUAAGCUGGGAGCAGCACGAGUCCUGUCGGCCUGGCAGGUGCAGUGCCUAGCUCCAGUGCUGCAGGACCAAGCUAAUAUGAAUGGGACUGGAGAGCAGGUGGACAUUCUGCCGCCCAACUGCAUGGUCAAAGACCGAUGGAAAGUGCUGAAGAAAAUCGGAGGUGGCGGUUUUGGGGAGAUCUACGAGGCGCUGGACCUUCUGACGCGGGAGAACGUGGCGCUGAAGGUGGAGUCGGCCCAGCAGCCCAAACAGGUCCUCAAGAUGGAGGUGGCAGUGCUGAAAAAACUACAGGGUAAAAAUCAUGUUUGUAAGUUUAUUGGCUGUGGAAGGAAUGAGAAGUUUAACUAUGUGGUGAUGCAGCUUCAGGGCAGGAACCUUGCGGAUCUGAGGAGGAGUCAGCCGAGAGGAACCUUCUCCAUGAGCACCACCCUGCGCCUGGGGAAGCAGAUCCUGGAGUCCAUCGAGGCGAUUCACUCCGUGGGCUUCCUCCACCGAGACAUCAAACCGUCAAAUUUUGCUAUGGGGAGGCUCCCCUCCACGUACAGGAAAUGCUACAUGUUAGACUUUGGCCUCGCGCGGCAGUACACCAACACCAAUGGAGAAGUCAGAUUGCCUCGAUCUGUGGCAGGGUUUCGGGGAACCGUCCGCUACGCCUCAGUCAAUGCUCAUAAAAACAAAGAAAUGGGUCGGCAUGAUGACUUAUGGUCCUUAUUUUACAUGCUGGUAGAGUUUGCGGUUGGCCAGUUACCAUGGCGAAAAAUAAAGGACAAGGAGCAAGUGGGCCUGAUUAAAGAGAGAUAUGACCAUAAGAUGCUGCUCAAACACAUGCCCUCCGAGUUCCACGUCUUCCUGGACCAUGUCUUAUCCCUGGAUUACUACACCAAGCCUGACUACCAGCUCCUCAUGUCCGUGUUCGAGAACAGCAUGAAGGAGCGCAUCAUCGCAGAGAAUGAGCCCUUCGACUGGGAGAAGGCCGGGACCGACGUCCUGCUGUCCACCAGUGCGUCCACCCCACAGCAGCACACCAGACAGACGGCAGCCAUGGUGGGAGUGGUGAACGUGACUCCCAUGCCUGGGGAUCUCCAAAGAGAGAACACCGAUGACGUUCUCCAGGACGAACACCUGAGCGACCAGGAGAACGCCCCGCCACCUGUCCCCAGUCGCCAUGGAGAUGCCAGCCAGCCUCUGCCUGAGGGAGAGGCCUGGGAGGAAACUGACUUCAACCGCAACAAACUCAGAAUAAGCCUGAGCAAGAUGCAGUGUGGGAUGGAGGAGGACCCCAGCAGAGGGCUCUGUCCUGGGGCCCCAGACUCCCCAAACAUGCAGGUGCGCUCACUGCGGUACCGGCGGGUCAACAGCCCCGAAUCGGACCGGCUCUCUGCUGCCGAGGGGCGCGGGGACAUCUACGGCCAGCGGUCCCGUAUGGACAUCCUGGGCUCUCCUUCCAGGCAGGUGUACUCGUCCCAGCCGGCGCAGAUGCUGUCGGUGGAGAUGGCGCAGGGGGACCGGCAGGCCAGCGGCCGACAGGACGUGUCGGCGGCGGACCAGGAGGCCCACAGCAAUGCCUUCAUCAAGUCCGUCCCGCUGGCCGAGGAGGAGGACUUUGACAGCAAGGAGUGGGUCAUCAUCGACAAGGAGACCGAGCUGAAGGACUUCCACCCGGGGGCGGAGCCCACCACCUCAGGCACCACGGACGAGGAGCCGGAGGAGCUGCGGCCAAUCCAGGAGCAGGAGGAGCGGCGGAGGGGCGGGGCUGAGCCCGGAGCACGCCCCAAAAUGCAGGACGGGCGUGGCCGCGCCAUGCUGACUGUCACCGAGGAGGAAUCGUCCCGCAGGACUGGCCCCGCCCCCAGCCCCGCCCAGUCGCCCUGCCACUCGCUGCCUUCCGCCCGCCCCAAGAGGAGGGAAUCUGAUCCCUACGGCCCACAGGGACAGUUGGAGGACAGGCAGGCCCCGCCUCACCCUCGGCCCAACCAGCUGAGGCGCCUGGCGUCCUACGUCUUCUCCUCGUCCACCCUGGAGACGGAGCAGUACCCCCACCCGGGGGGGUCGCUGAUCCAGCGCAGCCGCUCGGCGGAGAGCAGCCCCGCCCGCGGCCCCGCCCGCCGCCACCUGCCGCUGGCGCCCGGCAGCCCCCGGCCGCGGCACUCGGUGCUCGGCGUGUCGCGGCUGCAGAUCCAGCAGAUGCUGGCCAAGCUGAUGAACAAGACGCUGCAGGAACCAGGUGCCAAUCAGACAGUGGUGGGAGGAGCUAGCAAGGUGUAGGCCCAGUUGGGUGUCAGCAGGGCGGCAGAGGUUCACUCUGAAAGAGUGAAGAGUCCCAGCCAAUGGCAUGGCAGUGAGAGAAGUCCCAGCCAAUGGCAAGGCAGCGCUGAGAGACAUUCCUCCGCUCACGCUGUGUUAUUUCUGAAGGAGAAGCAAGCUGUACGGAGAGAGAUGGGUGUGUGUGCCCGGGACUGUUAGACCACAGGCAGAGAUGUACUGUCCCAGUAUGGGGAAGUAUACUCAUCCAAAAUAGGAGGAAACCCAUUUAAUUUCACAUAUCCUUCAAAAAUGUACUAAAUAUUGUCACUUUCAUUUAUGCACUUUAAUGCAUAUAUGCAAUUUAAUGCACAGACUGUAAGUAAAUUUAACAAUAUAUACUGUAUGCAUAUCACUGCAAACAUGAAAGUGUCAGUAAUUUUUUUAUAUAUGUAAGGAGCAUAUUUUUGAACACAGUUAAGUCAAGUUAAUUCUGUAUUCCUUACCAUUUGCGCUUUUUGUUGUUGCAAGGUGGAAACUGGCAGACAUGUUAUUCCUCACACUGAUCUAUACCCACACCAUGCUAUACCCACGCUAGUCUUUACCCACACCAUUCUAUACCCACACUAGUCUUUACCCACACCAUUCCAUACCCACACUGAUCUUUACCCACACCAUGCUAUACCCACACUGAUCUUUACCCACACCAUUCUAUACCCACGCUAGUCUUUACCCACACCAUUCUAUACCCACACUAGUCUUUACCCACACCAUUCCAUACCCACACUGAUCUUUACCCACACCAUUCUAUACCCACACCAUUCUAUACCCACAUAUUUCUGAUAUUAACACUGAUACGUCCUGAUGUCUCUUCUUCUUAAGAGAGCGUUGUGGUUUGUGUAAAAAUCAUAAAUGGCCAAAUCCUCACAUAAUUAGUACAUUUUAAGUGAAAUGAGGAUGACUGUCAGUAUUUGAACAUGGUCAUUGCCUGUAUGUGAGAGUCACACUGGUACCUGUACAGAUGAUGUGUCCCGGGUGUGUUUCUGUAGUCUUCCAGUGUGUGUGUGUGUGUGUAUUUAUGUGUGUGUGUGUGUGUGUGUGGGUUCUCAGAAGUCUCCUGUAGGCAGGAAGCUCUGUAAAAAGCACUCUAAUGUAAUCACUGACAUUUGAAGACUUGGCGCUGUAGCAGCCAUGGCCUUUGGAUUUUGGAGUUUAUAUGUAACAUAUUUCACUGUACGUGUGUAUCUAUGAAAUGUGUGUUUGAAUGCUGCUAUACACACAGUCAGGUGCAUUUUCAUCAUCAGGAAGUUACACUGGGAGGACACUGGUGACCUUACACUGGGAGGACACUGGUGAAUUUACACUGGGAAGAGGUUGGUUUAGGGAGAGCAUUAGUGAAGGCGAUUAUGGUUGACAGUGACCCUGUAAAGACUGUGAUGUUCAGUUUAAAAGUGGAAACAGAGGGUCCUACUGCCGGCUGGCUGCAGUGAUUGGCUCAUUACUGUAAGCUUUCAUAUGCAGAGGAAUCUGUGCACUAGGCCCAGCGCAGAGCUGUGUGAGUCCCUGUGAAAGUGCUUAGUCAGCCACCCAAUCCUCUGAGCACAGGGUCUGUCGUAGUAGGCGCUGUGAGCAGGUGGGCGGAGCUUAUUAUGAUUGGCUGUAGUGUACAUUACAGUUUUUAGAAUGUGAACAGGUCUGUCGGUUUGCUGUAGCGCAGUGCAAUAAGAUGUGGGUGCUGUAUGAAUGUGUGUGAAUGAGGACUAAGGCACUUUAUUCUGAGGUUAAAACAGACGCUACGCUCUGCUCAGGGCUGGCACUGACCUGGGGCUGUACAUGCAGUCAAACAGCCGGAAUGAAAGCAUGUGCUAAACCGUAGAGCUGAGAGGAGGUUUAGAGCAAGCGCAUUUCUCAGUGAGUGGUUGGGUGAUUUUGGUCAGCACCUCACAUUACUGUUACAGAUUUACAACUCCCUUUCACAGCUACAGGAUAUUCCUCAUAAACUCAAUAUCCCUGCAGCCAGCUCUGGUGAUGUCACUGUGAGAAUAAGUAUUGGAACUGGAGCCAUGAGGUGUGGUGCACUGGGAUGUGUAGUCCAUUAGGGUUAGGGUUCCUGAGGAGUUGGUGGAGACAGAAAUGCGGCAGAUAGAGCCAUUAUAGUUCACUGCUGCUUGUACAGAGGCUCUGAGGACCACCAGCACAGAGAAUGGAAUGUGUUUCAUUUUACAGCAUUGUGCAUGAAUGGAGUAUUACUGGAAUUUGCUUACUGAGAGACGUGAGUGCUGUCCUAUUUCAUCGGACCUGAGCUUGAACCGUCCCCAUGCAUUUAAUGGGCGCUCUCAUAUCAGUAUAUUACAUGCUGUUGAAGUUAGUUAAAAGCCAUUUAGUUAAAAUAGCAUUUUGUUUCACAAGCAGUUAAAUUACAAUAACA